AUGUGCCUUCUUCUCAUCCCUCUGCUUUGCAAAAAGCGCAAGAAUUCUAAGAACGCCGAACCCUCACCACGACCAGUCACUAUCCCACAUCAAAAUGGUGGUCCCGGGAUAGGAAGAAAUGGCAAGAAAUAUCAGAAGGAUUUGAAGAAGUACGGACCUGAAGUUGCCGAAAAGAAUCGAAAGAAAAGAGUUGGGGUUGCGGUAGCGGCUGUACGAAAUGGACAAGCAGAAAGCAUGGUCGCGGGUCCAAAAUAUAGCGAAGCGCCGGAGGGUGGAGAAUAA